CCCCCCACUCCUUAUAUUCCAUCGCCUUGCACUCUCCAGAAUUUAUCCACUUCGAGGAUUCCUCAAAACCAAUUUAUCAAUGGAGGCCGCGAUUGCGAGACGCAGAGUGACCACCAUAGCCGGUCAUUUCGUUGCCGAUGAAGACGUUCCAGCAAGUCAUCAGCACAUCCUUCCCGUGAACUGCAGCGGCAGUUUGAACUCCACAACUCGGAGAUGGGACAACAGGAUGCUGUUUGCAAGGCAAGCUUCCAGCGCACAAGCUUGUUUCAUGCGGCGGGCUUCUGCAACCGAUCAGGAUAUUAGCUCGGCUCAGCCUGCUGCUGGCAUCAAGUGCUUCGGCUCCAAGAGCUCUUGCCAUGCAUAUAGAGGACCAUUGUUUUCUCGGCCCAAGCGGAUGGACCCAAACGUGCCACGAAUGGGCCUAGUCCAGCCCUUGGCACAGGGCAGCAGCCUGACUUUGCCAGUGCCACCGCCUCAGUUUGCACGGCCGAACCAAAGAAUCAGCGGAAGCUGCCGCCCAAAGGGAUUAACUUCCGAGCAGAAAGUACCUCCGCCUGUAAAGAAAGGGAAGUGGUCCCCGCGGAUGGAUGUAGGAGAAUCUGUGCAAGGAUACAUUCUCACCGUGGAAAUUCCCGGUGUUAGCGCCAAGGAUAUUCGGGUGGAAGUCAAUGACAGGAAUUUGAUCGUGGUGGGAAAACGAUCCAUACAGAGCUGGAAAGUGGCAGGCUUCUCCAGCGACUUGCUAUCUUCGUACCACAGGAGAGAGAUCCAACGAGGCCCCUACCAGGUUGUCUGGCCCCUUCCAAAUGGCGUGAACAAGGACAACGUCUUGGCUGAAUUUGCGGAUGGACUCCUCCAAGUCAUUGUUCCGAAACUCUGAAACACUCUACAAUACAGUCAUAUAUGUACUCAUCCGUAUGUAAAGACAUUAUAUAAUCAUAAAUUACAAGUGGACGUCAUAUGCUCUGAGCUACUUCUUCUUGUAGUCUCAUAGGCUUGAUUGCCAUUAUAAUCUUUAUUAGCUCCUGAAAUAAGAUAUCGUCAUAUUACGCA